CGGUAAUGCUGCAGCAUGGAACCCGACAGAAUGUGGAGCGAUACAGACAGAAGCGGAAGCAGCAGACCCGUCUCUUCCGGGAGAAAAACGCCGCCUGGAAGAAGCGGAGUGCGAAGAAAUGGAACUGCUGUGCCGUUCACAAGAAACACGUAAGUUCUACCAGAAGCUCAACGCAUCCCGCAAAGACUACGUGCCGCAAGCCGAAAUCUGUAGGGAUAAAGACGGAGCCUCCUCGCGGACAAACGUGAGGUGAUCGAAAGGUGGAAGCAGUACUUCGACGAGCACCUGAAUGGCGAAGAGAAUGUAGGCACGGAGGACCAAGGCAGCGGAGGAAAAGACUAUGUUGGUGCAGCAGAGAACGGGAACGAGCCAACUCCCACGCUGAGGGAAGUUAAGGAUGCCAUCCACCAGCUCAAAAACAACAAAGCAGCUGGUAAGGAUGGUAUCGCAGCUGAACUCAUCAAGAUGGGCCCGGAAAAGUUGGCCACCUGUCUGCACCAGUUAGUAGUCAAGAUCUGGGAAACCGAACAGCUACCGGAGGAGUGGAAGGAAGGGAUAAUCUGUCCCAUCCACAAGAAAGGCGACAAGUUAAUGCGAACUUUCGAGCGAUCACCAUUUUGAAUGCCGCCUACAAAGUGUUAUUCCAGAUCAUCUUCCGUCAUCUUUCACCUAAAGUAAAUGAGUUCCGUGGAAAGUUACCAAGCCGGUUUCAUCGACGGCCGGUCGACAAUGGACCAGAUCUUCACCGUACGGCAAAUCCUCCAGAAAUGUCAUGAAUACUAGGUCCCAACGCACCACCUGUUCAUCGGCUUCAAAGCGGCAUACGACGGUAUCGACCACACAGAGCUAUGGAAAAUCAUGGACGAGAACAGCUUUCCCGGGAAGCUUACCAGACUGAUUAGAGCAACGAUGGACGGUUUGCAGAACAGCGUAAGGAUUUCGGGUGAACUAUCCAGCUCAUUCGAAUCUAGACGGAGACUACGACAAGGUGAUGAACUUUCCUGCCUACUAUUCAACAUCGCCCUGGAAGGUGUUAUGCGACGAACCGGGCUCAACAGUCGGGGUACGAUCUUCACGAAAUCCAGCAAAUUUGUCUGUUUUGCGGAUGACAUGAAUAUUAUUGCUAGAACAUUUGGAACGGUGGCAGAACUGUACACCUGCCUGAAACGCGAAGCAGCAAAGGUCGGACUGGUGGUGAAUGCGGCUAAGACAAAGUACAUGCUGGUAGGUGGGACUGAGCGAGACAGCACAAGCCUUGGCAACAAUGUUACGAUAGACGGGGAUACUUUCGAGGUGGUAGAAGAAUUCGUCAACCUUGGUUCCUUGCUAACGGCUGACAAUAACGUGAGCCGUAAAAUACGAAGGCGCAUCAUCAGUGGAAGUCGUGCCUACUAUGGGCUCCAGAAGAAACUGCGGUCAAAAAAUAUUCACCCCGCACCAAAUGUACCAUGUACAAGACGCUAAUAAGACCGGUGGUUCUCUACGGACACGAGACAUAGACGAUGCUCGAGGAGGACCUUCAAGCACUCGGAUUUUUCGAGCGACGCGUGCUGAUGACGAUCUUUGGCGGCGUGCAGGAGAACGGUGUGUGGCGGAGAAGGAUGAACCACGAGCUCGCUGCACUCUAAGGUGAACCCAACAUCCAGAAAGUGGCUAAAGCUGGACGGAUACGGUGGGCAGGGCAUGUUGCAAGAAUGCCGGACAACAACCCUGCAAAGUUGGUGUUUGCUAACCAUCUGGUAGGUACAAGAAGGCGUGGAGUGCAGAGAGCACGAUGGGCGG